AUAUGUUUUCAGUGUUAGGUCUGAUCAAAAAAUUGUCAAUUUUCCUUCGAUCAAACUUAUAUUCUGAGGUUCUCGCAACGCCUUCUAAAUUCAAUACGGUUUCAGAUUUGAAAACAUUUAUAUCAUUAAUCAAAAAUGUGAUGCUUUCACAAAGAAAAUCACUAGAAACAAUAGAAUUUAAUUAUGAUAACAUCAAACAGUCCAGCAAUGCCAUAUGUCCUGCAUUGCAUUAUCAAACCAACACACCUGAUUAUCCUGAAGAAUAUAAAAUUGAACUUCAGUUGUUAUUUGCAGAUGAAUAUGUCAACAAUAAUUCGUUCAAGUUUACUACACUAGAAUUGAAAGGAGUGUGCUUUUCUAAAAUGAAUUCCGGUGUGCUAAAACUGAUGGAUUUAAAACAUCUCAAAUUGGCAAACAGCAGCUGUCCCAGUUUGAAGAAUAUCCAAUUCUCUGACACAAUCGAGUAUUUGGAUUUAUCACACAAUGGAAUUGCAACUAUAAAAAAUGUGAAAUUCCCUACAAACUUGGUUACUUUGAAGUUGUGUUUCAAUAAAAUAAAAUCGUUCCAAAAUUUCAACCAGUGUGACAAAUUGGUCCAAAUAAUGCUAAAUAACAACUCCAUUAUGAAGAUUAAUAAUGUUUCCAAGUUUAAAGAUAUAAAGCAGCUUUAUUUAAAAAUCAAUUCUAUCAAAUCAAUCGCAAAUCUAAAUGCAUUAUCGAAUUUGGAGGAAUUAUAUCUUUCACAUAAUUUGGUCAGCAACAUUGCAGAACUUAGAGGAUUACCAAAUUUAAAAAUCUUAGAUAUAUCUAAUAAUCCUAUUGAUAAUUUUAAUAACGCAUUUGCAGAUAUUCCCAAAUUGGAAAAAUUAAAUAUGUGUGAAAGUAUGAUUAGGAGUAUUGGAAAACCUGCUUCCAAAUUGCUAAACUUAAAGAGCAUUACGUUGUGCCAUAACUUUAUAUCAAAAAUUGGAAAUUUUAACCAAAUGAUUAAUCUCAGAAAUAUAGAUUUAGGAAGUAAUAGGAUUGAAAAAAUCGAGCAACUAGACAACUUAGCCCAACUUUCAUUUUUAGGUCUUUGUGAAAACAAAAUAAAGAUUGUUGAAAACAUUGAGAGUUUAGGCAAUUUACGCCAUAUCAAUUUAUCAGACAACAACAUAUCUGAGUUUAAGCUCACAAAAAAAGGCAAAUUUUUGGAAAAAUUAGCUAUAUUGGGUCUACGUAAUAAUAAAAUAACAGAAAUAAACAAUUUAAAGUGUUUAAAGAAUUUGAAGCAUUUGGAUCUAUCAAUAAACCAAAUUAAAACAUUAAUACUAUUGAAAGAAUUGAAUAGUUGUGCCAUUAUGAGGUUAGAGGGCAAUGAAAUAGAAAAAAUUGAACAAGACAAACCAAAUUAUUUUGCAAUCAAUUGGAUUUUCAAUGAUUGCAUUUUCAAUGAUUGCAUUUUCAAUGAUUGCAUUUUCAAUGAUUGCAUUUUCAAUGCAAUGUUUAAAAAGCAGCCCAGUUUAGUGCCUGAAGACAAACAUGAUAUGAUGUUGGAUUUAAGAUCAAACCGUUUAAAAAGCACUCAAGGGCUAUCACAAUGGAGCAAUAUUACUCACCUGAAGUUGCCUGAUACAAUUAUACAAAUUAGUUCAGAUGUUAUAACAUUGCCAAACACUAAAGAAAUCAAAUACGAGCUGCCAGCUUCGAAUUCCUUAUUUAGAUUGAAUCAGUUAAGAGCUCAAGCUCCAAAUUUAAAAAUUGAUUUCUAUAGAGAAGCACUAUGGUACAUACCAGUUAAAUAGCUAAAUAGUUGAAAUGUUAGUAAUUAUGGUUUCUUCAACGAAAGUUCGAUCCAUUAAAACCUGGAAGAAAGCCAAUCUCAAAGUGCCAAAUCAUGCAAUUGGUAC